GGCGCGAUUAAAGAAAAGGCGCAAAAAGUGGUCAUGCCAGCCCAAACGCUACUUCUUAGUCCUGUUUUGAUGUACAUUGUAUGCCGUAGGCCGUAGUGUCUGUGUCCGAGCUUCACUUCCUCUCUUCUUCCUCCCCGCUGUAAGCCGUUAUAUGUGUUGUGUGUGUGGGGUAGGACUCCUCUCUUUCAUUUCUACCGCUGGACGCCUGAACAAGGAAGGUUUCGAUGGAUGGUUGACUUAACGUUGAAGGAAAUGUAUCUUCUUUAAAAGCUUUCUUGAGAUAUGGAAGUGGCUUGGAUUGUGAUUGGAGAAACGAAGAAUCUUGUCAUAUUAACUUUUCAUUUUCCCCUUUAAGUGGCUUGGAGCGCGAACCACCUCGUCCGAAGCUACUUUCACUUCGGUGCUGUAAGGUCCGAGGUUACGCCGUGACGAAAAUGGCUGGUGCUGAUAAUGUCGCCCACGAUAUUCAAUCUAUCCUUUCUUCUUCUGAGAGGGACUAUCUCAUUCGGAACAAUGACGAUCAGGUUAAAAUUGAGAGCUUGAGGGGGAAGAAGCUUGGUUUAUAUUUUUCAGCUUCUUGGUGCAGUCCCUGCCGACAAUUCACCCCUACUUUGGUGGAGUUGUACAACGAACUCUCUCCUAAAGCUGACUUUGAGAUAAUCUUUGUGUCAGCUGAUGAAGAUGAAGAUGCUUUCAGAGGUUACUUUUCCAAGAUGCCAUGGCUUGCCAUCCCAUUUUCUGAUUCCAACGCACACAAUCACCUCGAUGAAUUGUUCAAGGUGCGGGGGAUCCCCCACCUUGUAAUGCUCGAGGAGAAUGGGAAAGUCUCCACUGAAAAUGGAGUUGAGGUUGUUCGUGAGUAUGGAGUUGAAGAAUACCCUUUCACAUCAGAAAGGAUCAAAGAGUUAAAAGACCAAGAAGAGGAAGACAGGAGGAACCAGUCCUUGAGAUCUCUUUUGUCGUGCAAGUCACGUGACUUCAUUAUAUCUUCUGAUGGGAAGGAAGUACCUUUGUCUAAACUUGAGGGGAGGACAGUGGGUUUGUAUUUUUCAUCUUUUUCAUACAAAGCAUCCGCUAAAUUUACCCCACAGCUUGUGGAGGUUUAUGAGAAGCUGAAAGCAAAGGGUGAGGACUUUGAGAUUGUGUUGAUAUCCAUUGGAGAUAAUGAGGACUCUUUCAAACAAGGACUGAAGGGUCUUCCUUGGUUGGCAUUGCCAUUCAAGGAUAAGAGCUGCGAGAAGCUUGCUCGCUACUUUCCACUAUCGACCUUGCCCGCUCUGGUUAUUAUUGGGCCAGAUGGAAAAACCCUUCAUUCCAAUGUGGUGGAGGCCAUUGAAGAGCACGGCGAUGCUGCAUACCCUUUUACUCCUGAGAAGUUUCUAGAGCUUGCUGAGGUAGAGAAGGCCAAAGAGGCAGCUCAGACCCUUGAGUCUAUUCUGGUCUCUGGAGAUCUAGAUUUUGUCAUAGGGACAGAUGGAGUUAAGAUUCCAGUGUCAGAUUUAAUGAGGAAGACAGUCCUCCUAUACUUCUCAGCUCACUGGUGCAUACCGUGCCGUGCAUUUCUUCCAAAGCUUAUCAAAGCAUACCACAAAAUCAAGGCUAAGCACAAGGCACUCGAAGUCGUGUUCAUAUCCAGUGAUAGGGACCAGGCCUCGUUCGACAACUUCUUUGCCAGAAUGCCAUGGCUGGCUCUUCCCUUUAAUGACACAAGGAAGUCAUUACUGAGUCGCCAGUUCAAGAUGUAUGGCAUCCCCAUGCUGGUUGCCAUCGGACCCAGUGGCCAAACCAUCACAAAAGAAGCCAGAGAUCCCGUCUUGCUUUAUGGCGCCGAAGCUUAUCCUUUCACUGAGGAAAGGGUGAAAGAACUUGAGGCAGCAUCUGAAGAGAUCGCUAAGGGUUGGCCUGAGAAGGUGACGCACUGGUCUCAUGAGCAUGAGCUUGUGUUGAGUCGCUGCAAGAUUUAUAACUGUGAUGGUUGUGGGGAAGAGGGUCACACAUGGACAUACUGUUGUGAUGGAUGUGACUUCGAUCUCCAUCCAAAAUGUGUAUUGAAGGCAGAGAAAUGUGAAGAAGGUACCAGCGGAGAAGGGUGGGUUUGUAAUGGAGAAGCCUGCUUUAAAGCCUGAUGUGAAUACUGUUGUUCCAUUGAAGUUUGUGUGAAGGACUUUUUAAUUGGGUGUAUUGUAAAAUGUGUAUAUACUAUGUAUGACAAAAUGAUGGGCUUUAAUAGUAUUUUUUUUUUAAUG